AUGUUCUUCAAAGGAAGAAGCUGGCUUUGGUUAUAUGUGAGAACAAGUAUCAUUCUAGGAAGUGAGCUAAACAGCCCAGAGCGAGGUGGGCAAAAUAAUUGUUAUCAGCUUAACAGCUUUCACUGCAGCUUUGAGGAAGCAGAGCACUACUGCCAUGCCCAGGGAGGAUUCCUAGCUCAUAUUAGGAACCAGGAAGUUCCAGAUCGCAUCCGGGACUUUCUGGAAGAAGGAAAGAAGUGGUGGAUUGGGCGAAAUGUAAUGCCACUGAAAAAACAUCAAGACGAAAAAUACCCAGCAGACACUGCUGCCUAUGGGGACACAAAGCCCUCCAGCUGCACCUACCUGUCCAGAAACUUCAGUCAGAUCUCAUUCAAAGGGGACAAGUGCUCACUGGGACACUAUUUCAUUUGCCAGACUGAUGCCUUUUUGGAUGGAGAUGCCCGUUAUGAAAGAAAUGGAAAUAAUUCUCAUUUGCCGUGGAGACCCAAGAAGACAAAAAGAGAAGUUGAAAUACCAAGAAACAAAAUGCCCCCAGGAGCUGCUCAUCUUUCAACCACAUGUCACCAUCCUCCUCAUGCUCAUCUUUCCAAGACGCUGUGUCAUCCCAUCAGCCCAUUCUCUUCAGUACUACCAAAAAUCACAGCACAGGCCACGCCAGUCACAUCUGAACCCAGCAGCCAGCCUCUCCCUGCGAGAACAGAGCCCACCAGUCCUGCGUCCGUCACAUAUGCUGGUCAGUCUCGGACAGAAACGGCUUCAAGCUCAGAGGAAGACGCUCAUCCAAAUAGCUUCACCUCUCAUCACCCAGCAUCACUGCAGAAUGCAUCUGGUCAGGUCAUAGAUGAGAUAGUAGGAAACUUCAGCAGAGCAGUGGAUGGUUUGCAAGCUCAUAACAAACUGCAGGAAGCUUGUGAGUUACUCCAGAAACUAACAGCCUUGACCCUGAGAUUUUCUAAGCCGGCUCAGGUUCAUCUCAUCAAUUCCCUUAUUUACCUGAGUGAACAGUUCCUGAGGAUCCCAUUUCAGAACAAUAGCAGUCUGGGCUUCAAAGUUCCUGUGACUGUCUGCCUCUUUGAUUCUUUCAACAAUGUCAUCAAAGCUGAAGAAGGAAGUUGGCAGGGAUCCAAGCAUGACCCUCAGCAGGUAGAAGACAUGCUGGAAAUGUCCUUGGUGGUGCUUGGGAAUAUUGGGGAAGCGUUUCUAGAGCAGAAGCAGCCUCCUGAGUCUUCCGUGACUUUGACCUCUUCCAUUGCUUCUCUGCUACUGAGCAGACAAAACCUAUCAACUUUACCUCUGAGCUCUUACAUGCUGGGUCACCCGGCCCCUGUGAGACUAGGCUUUCCAUCGGCUUCAGCUUUGAAGGAGCUCUUGAAUAAACACCCCGGAGUUAAUGUCCAAGUAACAGGACUAGCUUUCAAUCCCUUCAAGGAUUUAGACAACAGAAAUAUUGUUGGAAGCAUUGGAAGUGUGUUACUAAGCGCCAAUCAUAAAUUGCUCCAAGUCCAUGAUUUAAUGGAGGACAUUGAGAUCAUGCUCUGGAGAAAUGUUAGCCUGGAAACCCAUCCCACCAGCGUCAACAUGAGCACAGAUCACUUUACAAUCACAGUGAAUGUCACAUCCUUGGAGAAAUCCCUGAUAGUGAGCAUAGAUCCUGACAGUCCCCUUUUAAUGACGCUCUACCUGGGGUUCCAGUAUCAGCCUAACUGCACUCACUUUCACCUGAACAUCACUCUUCCAAAGGAUAAGGUGUGGCAAAAAGAUGAGGAGUACACGUGGGUGCUGACUCCAGAGCAUCUACAGCACGGGAUUGGCACCUACUAUAUAACAGCUGUGCUGAGCGAGAGCCAGGAGGGUGCUCAGCAGGUCUCGGUCGUCACAGCCGUCACUCAGUGUUAUUACUGGGACAGCCACAACCGGACAUGGAGCAGCAAUGGAUGCCAAGUUGGGCCACAGAGCACAAUUCUGAGGACACAGUGUCUCUGUAACCACCUGACCUUCUUUGCCAGCGAUUUCCUCGUGGUGCCCAGGACUGUGAAUGUUGAAGACACUAUCAUACUCUUCCUUCGUGUGACCAGCAAUCCUGUUGGGGUGUCGCUGCUGGCCAGCCUUUUAGGAUUCUACAUGAUCACAGUUGUGUGGGCCUGGAGAAAGGAUCAAGCAGAUAUGCAGAAGGUGAAGGUUACUGUCCUGGCUGAUAAUGACCCCAGCGCUCAGUUUCACUACCUGAUUCAGGUCUACACCGGAUAUAGAAGAAGGGCUGCUACAACAGCUAAGGUUGUCAUCACCCUCUACGGAUCAGAAGGACGGAGUGAGCCCCAUCACCUUUGUGACCCCCAGAAGACAGUCUUUGAACGAGGGGGCCUGGAUGUCUUCCUUCUCACCACUCAUUCCUCUCUAGGGGAACUGCACAGCCUUCGGCUCUGGCAUGACAAUUCUGGCCUCAGUCCUUCCUGGUAUGUCACCCAGGUAAUUGUCUGUGACAUGGCAGUUAAGAGGAAAUGGCAUUUCCUGUGCAAUUGCUGGCUGGCUGUGGACCUCGGAGACUGUGAGCUUGAUCGGGUCUUCAUACCAGUUUCACAGAGAGAGCUCUCUUCCUUUAGACAUCUGUUUUCCUCCAUGAUUGUAGAAAAGUUCACCCAGGAUUAUCUGUGGCUUUCAGUUGCAACUCGGCAUCCCUGGAACCUGUUUACAAGAGUCCAGCGGCUGUCUUGCUGCAUGACACUGCUCCUCUGCAACAUGGUCAUCAGCAUUAUGUUCUGGAAGAUAAAUGGCACCACUGGCAAGAGAGAUGAGCAAAUGGGUACGUUUGCUGUGGCCUGGUCUGAACUGCUCAUCAGCAUCCACACUGCUCUCAUCCUCUUCCCAAUCAAUCUUGUCAUUGGGCAGCUCUUCCCGUUGAUUCAGCCACGGGAGACUGUGCCCCUCUUUCCUCCCAUCCAGGUCUCCUGCCUCUUAGAUGCUUCUGUUGAGUCUCUCUCUGUCACAAUGGUAGUUGAGGAAUUAAGGGAAACUGUACAAUUCCUGCUCAGGAGACAUACAUACCUACUCUCAGAGUGUGAACAACUGUCAUGGAGUUCUUGCAACAUUACUAAGCUGGUGGAACUUUUAUCCAGCCUUCUGUCUUCUCACUUGGAGGGUCAAGGCUGUCAUCAGGCAGAGCACCACUGGGCAAACGUUGUUCCUGAAAACCACCAUCAUUUCUGCUGUUACCUGUGUAGAGUUCUGCAGAGGCUAAAAUCGCACUUAGGCACUCUGGGUCUCACCCAGGGUCACCAGACUUGUGACCUCCUAGCUGCAGCCAGCCAUCUUCAAAAACUUCAGGAACUCUUGGAAACACACAUGCUUCCCACGGAGCAAGAGCCAUUCAGGGAAGUCACCAGUUUCGCCAUCCUGAGCUCAGAAGAAGGAAAAAGGCCCAUCUCUAAUGGCCUGUCCAAAUGGUUGAGUUCAUUCUGCUGGCUCCUCCUGGGUCUCACUAGCUUGGCUUCAGCCUUCUUUACAGCACUUUAUAGCUUGGAAUUGAACAAAGACCAAGCCACCAGCUGGAUGAUUUCAAUUAUUUUAUCAGUGCUUCAAAAUAUCCUCAUCAGCCAGCCAGUAAAGGUGGUCGUCUUCACAUUCGUCCACUCACUGAUGAUGAGCAGGGUGCCACGGCUUCACAAGGAGAAGGAACAACAGACCAAGAGGAUCUUGGCACUCUCGGCAAAAUGUUCUUCAUCGGUACCAGGUUCAAGAGAUAAGAACAACCCCAUCUACGUAGCCCCAACUAUGAAUAGUCCAACUAAGCACCCAGAAAGAACCCUGAAAAAGAAGACACUCUUCAAGCUGACUGGAGAUAUUUUGGUACAAAUCUUCUUCCUUACCCUGUUGAUGACUACAAUCUACUCUGCAAAGAACUCCAAUAGGUUUUACCUCCACCAAGCUAUCCGGAGGACCUUUGCUCACCGUUUCUCAGAAAUCAAGCUUCUUCAGGAUUUCUAUCCCUGGGCCAAUCACAUCCUCCUUCCUAACCUGUAUGGGGAUUACAGAGGUAAGAAUGCAGUCCUGGAGCUCAGUCAUUGCAAAUGUGGGAUACAAUUAAUUUUCCAAAUACCCGCUACCAAGACCCAUGAGAAAGAGGAAGGUCAGCUGGCUUUUAUUGACGGCCAUACCUGUGGGUGUCCCAAGGGCCUAUUCCCUGAACAUCAUCUAAGCGGGUUCAGUUAUAUCUGUUCACCCAGGCCUAAGGGGCUGAUUUCCACUGAUGAGCUUCACAAAAAGCUGAGGAAUGAGAAUGGUUUCAGUGACAUCAUGAGAAGGAACUGGAGUGUUCUGUUAUUCUCAGGUGCUUUCUUCACCUCUGUGAGACUGGAAAGCUUCACUUCCCUUCAGAUGUCAAAGAAGGGCUUCGUCUGGUCUGUCAUCUCACAAGUCAUGUACUAUCUACUGAUCUGUUACUAUGCCUUCAUACAGGGUUGUCGGCUAAAACGGCAAAAGUGGAGGUUCUUCACCAGGAAAACAAACAUUCUGGACACAAGUAUAAUCCUCAUUAGCUUCAUCAUCCUGGGACUUGACAUGAAGAGUAUUUCUCUACAUAAGAAAAACAUGGCACGGUACCACCAUGACCGGGACAGGUUCAUCAGCUUCUAUGAGGCAGUAAAAGUGAACUCUGCUACAACCCAUCUCGUGGGCUUCCUGGUUCUGCUGGCAACUGUUCAGUUAUGGAACUUGCUGCGUCAUAGCCCCAGGCUGUGGGUCAUCAGCAGGACACUGAGCCAAGCCUGGGACGAGGUGGUGGGCUUUCUGCUGAUCAUCCUCAUCCUGCUGACAGGCUAUGCCAUUGCCUUUAACCUGCUGUUUGGAUGCAGUGUCUCUGACUACCGGACAUUUUUCAGCUCAGCAGUGACUGUUGUUGGUCUCCUGAUGGGAAUUUCUCACCAAGAGGAGGUUAUCGCUUUAGACCCAGUCCUGGGCACCUUCCUGAUCCUCACCAGUGUCAUCUUGAUGGUACUUGUGGUAAUUAAUCUUUUUGUUUCCGCCAUUCUAAUGGCCUUUGGAAAAGAAAGAAAGUCACUUAAGAGACAAGUUGCACUAAUAGAUACGCUGCUACUGAAGCUCUCAAAUUUGUUAGGAAUCCGUCAGCCCCAAAAAACGUCAUCUGAGCAAGCAGCUACGACAUCAAUGGGCAUUGACAGUGAAGUUUUAGAAGACGAACUACCUUAAUCCUGUUUUCUCCUUCUUGGCUUAGUAUUUCUUAGCAUAUUACUACUUAUCUUUGCAUGGCAUGACUUUACAAUAGUAAUAUACUUUGUUUUUGAUUCUGCAAGUUAGUGAGAAAUUGGAAUCCCCUUGGUCCCAAGUUCUUAGGGAUCUUGGCACCGUCAAGAUGGGAUUAACACCGCAAGAAUACUACCAGACAAACCAGCUUGGCUGCCAAGCACCAAAUAACGGAACACUCACCACCCAUGGCCCAGGAUGGCUUGGGAAACGGAGGAGUAAGAAGUGAGCUCACUGCAACUUACUAAAAAUAAAUAUACAAGGAUGAGGCAUAGCAGAUGCAGAGCCCUGCCACUGAGGAGGACCAAAUUCACAGAUGCUAUCUGGGCUAUCUAAAUACAGAAAUCAAAAUGAGCCCUGCACUGCUGCAGGAAUCCUGAAGUUAAGGGCUGGUUGACAUGCAUCGCUUGGUUAAAAUAUUCUCCACUGAACUCCAACUUUCUACUUCAUCAUCUGAGCAAACAGAGAAAGCAGGAC